UAACCAGAGGAACGCAUCCUUCUAGACUGCACCACACGCUAGUCUUUCCUCUCAUUCUUCUCUCUGGCACCACCAGAAAUAGUUGAAGUCUUUACGUCCUGUUUUAAGGUCAAUUUAAUUGACUGUGUGUGUGGGUAAUUAGAUAUUUCUUCUAGUGCUGAAUUCAGGUGAUAGAAUCAAGAGGAUACAGGGAUCAGUGACUCAGUCCUGCAGAAAUGAUGACUGAAGAAGAUGAUCUAUAUCCAUCUAGUGUUAAGAUGAGAUACCCCAUUUUCAUUUUCUUCAAGGAUGUCAGACAUGUUUUCAAACUGGACGAACUGGGAUCAGAGAUAGCACAAAUUGCUUUGCCUGCGGCACUGGCUUUGACAGCCGACCCUAUUGCUUCUCUUGUUGACACAGCAUUCAUUGGCCAAAUAGGUGCUGUGGAACUGGCUGCUGUAGGAGUCUCUAUUGCCUUAUUCAAUCAAGUCUCAAGAAUUGCGAUAUUCCCGCUUGUUAGCGUCACGACCUCCUUCGUGGCCGAGGAAGAUACAAUUGGAAGAGUGAGCUCUGAAGCACAAGAAAGUGAUUACGUGGAAACAGGUUCCUGUGUAGAUACUGAAAGCAAUGAGUUAAUACCACAAAAAGAAUGUAUCGAGGGUACAUAUCGGCCAAAAACACUUGGAAGCAGUUUUGAUGUUGUUAAAAUUGAGCCGGAAAGAAGGCAUAUCCCAUCAGCUUCAUCAGCACUGGUUAUUGGUGGCAUCCUUGGUCUCCUUCAAGCCUUAUUCCUGAUUUCUGGAGCAAAACCUCUAUUGAACUUCAUGGGAAUCAGUUCAGAUUCGCCCAUGCUAAACCCUGCACAACAGUACUUGACUUUAAGGUCACUAGGUGCUCCUGCCGUUCUUCUCUCCUUAGCCAUGCAAGGUGUCUUUCGAGGAUUUAAAGACACAAAAACUCCUUUAUAUGCCACUGUGGCAGGAGAUGUAGCAAACAUCAUUUUGGACCCAAUAUUUAUGUUUGUUUUCCGUCUGGGUGUCAGUGGUGCAGCCAUUGCUCAUGUAAUAUCUCAGUACCUCAUUUCCGUUAUACUCUUGUGGAAGUUAAUGUCUCAAGUUGACCUCUUACCUCCUAGUUUAAAACAUCUAUAUUUUGGUAGAUUUCUAAAGAAUGGUUUCCUAUUAUUAAUAAGGGUUAUGGCUGUUACAUUCUGUAUCACCCUUUCAGCAUCAAUGGCUGCUAGACUGGGAUCAACAUCAAUGGCUGCAUUUCAAGUAUGCUUGCAGGUCUGGUUGGCGACUUCUCUUCUUGCGGAUGGAUUGGCUGUUGCGGGACAAGUAAUAACAACUGGUUUUGUUUGGUCACUUACAAGUUACACCGUUGUGGCAAUACUUGCAAGUUCAUUCGCAAGAAAGGACAAUGAGAAGGCAACAGCCACGGCAUCUCGAGUAUUGCAGCUAGGAUUGGUUCUAGGAUUGAUACUUGCUGUCAUUCUUGGAGGCGGACUGAGUUUUGGAGCAAAAUUAUUUACCAAAGAUGCCGAUGUCCUCCGCCUCAUUGGUACAGGCAUUCCAUUUGUUGCAGCUACUCAGCCCAUCAAUUCUUUAGCAUUUGUUUUUGAUGGUGUCAAUUUUGGAGCAUCUGAUUUUGCAUAUUCAGCCUUCUCCUUGGUUCUUGUAGCUAUUGCCAGCAUUAUAUGUUUAUGUAUUCUCUCCUCCACUCAUGGAUUCAUCGGACUCUGGAUAUCUCUGACGAUAUAUAUGAGUCUUCGAGCUUUUGCUGGAUUUUGGAGGAUAGGGACAGGAACAGGGCCUUGGAAGUUUCUGAGGGGCUGAAUGUAGGCUUUUGUAAGUUGAUUAUUAGCUUUCAAACCCUCCCUCUGUAUCUGAUAAUUAUGAGUUGUGGGGGAAUUCUUUGAAAGCACGUAAAAGGCCUACAAAUGUGUAUCUUAACAAAUAUAGUAAACAGGCGGUAUACCAAAAUAUUUGUUUCAGUCUUAUAAAAGAGAAAAAAAAUGAAAUAAAUAAAAGAAUUUGCUUACUUUUUAUCUAAA